AUGGGUCCUCAGCUGUCUGCUCUGGGACCCCCUGUCAGCCCCUUCACUGGGCCUGCCCCACUAGGGCAGAGCACGCCAGGCGGGCCUGGCUCCUCCAUCGUGCCCGGCGUGGUCCCACGCCAGGGCCUCCGCAUUGCCGUCUCUCCUGCUGGGAACGUGCGGGGUCUGCUCCCCCAUCUGCUGGGGUCUCUGCUCAUGUGGGGGGUCCGGGGGCGCUGUGGCUCCCUGCCCUCUCAGCCCCUCCUGGGGCGGCACCAGGAGGCACAGCCCCUCACUGGAGCUGGGUCACCCCGGGGCCCAGGCCCCCUGAGGACGCCCUUAGCCCCUUCCCAAAGCCCCACAUGCCCAGGGGGGUGUCUCUGCACCCAGCAGGGCUUCCUGCCCCCACCCGACCCCCCAGGCCGAGGUCUGGAGUCAAUGGUUAACACCCCAGUCUCAGUUUUUCCAUCUGUAGAUGGGAGCAGGGCCUCACCAGACCAGGCCAGGAGCUCAGGGUGCCCACGCUGCCCACAAGCAAGGCGUAAGGACGUCAGCACUGGGGGGCUGAACGGUCCUGGCCUCCCAGAGGGCCUGGCUCCGCCGGUCACCGGGGCGGCCCGGCGGUGA